AACAGAAAGAAGAGUGGGAGGACUCCAGUACAGAACAAUGAGAAAGAGGGAAAGAAAGAAAAGGCUGUGGUCGACAAAGUCUUUUUUGCAAGAAUUGGCCGCAUCUUAAAAAUAUUAGUCCCUAAAACAGUCAGUAAGGAGAGUGGAUAUCUGCUACUCAUAGCUGUCAUGCUGAUAGCUCGCACGUACUGUGAUGUCUGGAUGAUACAGAAUGGCACUUUUAUUGAGAGUGCUAUCAUUGGUCGCAGCAGAAAAGAUUUUAAGAGGUACCUAUUCAACUUUAUCGCCGCCAUGCCUGCCAUCUCAUUAGUAAAUAAUUUUUUGAAAUUUGGCCUCAAUGAACUAAAGUUGUGUUUUCGGGAAAGACUAACUAAAUACCUCUAUGAUGAAUAUCUCAAAUCAUUUACCUAUUACAAGAUGGGAAACCUGGACAACCGCAUAGCAAAUGCUGAUCAGCUGCUUACACAAGAUGUUGAAAAGUUCUGCAACAGUGUAGUGGAUUUGUAUUCCAAUCUAAGCAAGCCAUUUUUGGACAUCGUCCUGUAUAUUUUCAAGUUGACAAGUGCAAUUGGAGCUCAGGGUCCAGCAAGCAUGAUGGCUUAUCUGCUUGUCUCAGGACUUUUCCUUACACGCCUCAGGAGGCCGAUUGGUAAAAUGACGAUUACCGAGCAGAGGUACGAAGGUGAAUACAGAUAUGUCAACUCAAGGCUCAUUACCAACAGUGAAGAAAUUGCCUUCUACAAUGGAAACAAAAGGGAAAAAUUGACCAUUCACUCUGCUUUUAACAAACUGGUGGAGCACUUACAUACUUUCAUUUUGUUCCGAUUUUCCAUGGGCUUUGUAGACAGCAUUAUUGCCAAGUAUCUUGCUACAGUGGUUGGUUAUUUAGUUGUCAGCCGUCCGUUCCUUACACCAAAUCACCCUCGUCAUUUGAACAGUAGUCAUGCAGAGCUUUUGGAGGACUACUACCAGAGUGGAAGGAUGCUGCUGAGGAUGUCUCAGGCCCUUGGCCGGAUUGUGCUAGCUGGACGUGAAAUGACCAGAUUAGCUGGUUUCACAGCCAGAAUUACAGAGCUGAUGCAAGUGCUAAAGGACUUGAACCAAGGCAAAUAUGAACGCACUAUGGUUUCUCAACAGGACAAAGAGUCCGAAUCUGGUCCCAGCAUUCCCUUAAUUCCAGGAAGUGGUAGAAUUAUAAAUGCUGACAACAUCAUCAAAUUUGAGCAUGUUCCUCUUGCAACACCAAAUGGAGACAUUUUAAUCAGAGAUUUGAACUUUGAGGUAAGGUCUGGCACCAAUGUCCUUGUCUGUGGGCCAAAUGGCUGUGGGAAGAGCUCCCUCUUCCGCGUCUUGGGAGAGCUGUGGCCACUGUUUGGAGGAAGUCUGACUAAGCCAGAACGAGGAAAACUAUUUUAUGUUCCCCAGAGGCCCUAUAUGACUUUGGGGACAUUACGGGACCAAGUCAUCUAUCCAGACACACAUGAAGACCAGAAACGCAAAGGCAUUUUAGAUAAGGUCCUAAAGGAUUACCUUGAUAAUGUUCAACUGGGACCAAUUUUGGAACGUGAAGGAGGCUGGGAUAGUGUGCAGGACUGGAUGGAUGUUCUCAGUGGAGGAGAAAAGCAAAGGAUGGCGAUGGCACGUUUAUUCUACCACAGGCCUCAGUUUGCAAUCUUGGAUGAAUGCACAAGCGCUGUUAGUGUGGAUGUAGAAGGUUAUAUCUACAGCCAUUGUAGGAAGGUUGGAAUAACUCUGUUCACAGUGUCACACAGAAAGUCCCUGUGGAAACACCAUGAGUACUACCUCCAUAUGGAUGGGCGAGGAAAUUAUGAUUUCAAGCCAAUCACUGAAGACACAGAGGAGUUUGGAUCUUAG